AUGUUUAACUCUCCUAUGCUGUUGGACUUCAACAGCAGCACUCAACAAAAGAGAUCCAAAAUCACAAAGGCAUGCGAUAAUUGUCGACGGAGAAGAGUCAAGUGCGACGGUGUCCCUGAUGGUUGCAGUGGUUGUAAAGCGGCAAAAACCCAAUGUGUUUACACAACCAGCAACACAAAGCGUGGUCCUCCAAAGGGCUACGUCGAAGUGAUUGAGGACAGACUGGGCAAGAUUGAAAAUAUGCUUACCAGUAUUGUUAGAAAAAAGAAAAACACCCUCCCCGAGGCCUCGUCCUCUUCAUCCACAGACAAGGCCACUGUCUCAUCCUCCACUGCUGCGUCUGCUUCUCAUACUUCUCAAAAUAACGAGGACAACGAGGACAGCCAUGAUGAAGAUGAGGAUGACGGCUGCGCCAGCACUUACUCUAACGACCUCGUUAAGGUCAAGCAACAGCCUGCUUCGCCUGCUUUACGUCCUGCUCGCUCCAGCACCCCAUCCUCGCGCAACAUCCGCUCGGGUUCUGUGGCCAUGUCACCCCUUGGCCGUCACUCACCUUUGAUUUCUCGCAACCAUUCCAUCACAUCCUUACUCCCGUUUUCCCAUGAUGUCUUGCCCCAUCACUCUUCACAGAACGACAGCAGCCUAGUCACCAAUGCAGAUAUCGCUUCUCUCACCUCAAUGUUUGAUAAAUUGGGAUCUACUUCAGUCCGUACCACUGUUCCCUUCCCCUGGCUUGGCCCAGAGCAAUCUCUCCAAUACGGUCGCAACCACCUUCAGUUCACACUUCAGAGUCUUGAGCCUUCUCUUCCUAUCCUUACUCGCUCUUUCACACCUACCAUCUCUCCGGAGCAGACUCUUCAGUUGAUCGAAUCGUUCUUUGAACGUUUCAAUAUCUACUUGCCCAUUAUCCAUCGUCCCACCUUUAUGAAGCAAUGGGAGCAACAAAACUGCCCUCUUUGCCCCCAAACACCUUCUUCCCACCCUAGAAACCGCCCAGCUCAGGCAGAGGAUAUCGAGGCACAUAACCAACAUUCUCAAGAUCCAGCAGCACCUAUUUCCCCCUUGUUGCUCAAUGCCCUUUUGGCAGUAGCAGCCAAGGUUCCCUCGACCAACUCUGUGACUUUGGAGGAUCGUCAACACUCAGGCUUCCUAAGUCAAAGUUUCUUUGAUGCUGCACGCUUAUUGCUAGACGACUUUAUGGACGUACCCCGUGUGAGUACUGUUCAGGCAUUGUGUCUGAUGUCGCAGUAUCACCACCAAGGCCAAUGGAAGGCUACACGCAGCAGUAGCUAUCUCUCGAUGGCUAUUCGUAUGGCACAUGAAUUGGGACUCAACCGCGAUCCUGAAAACAUAAUCAGUGGUCCCGAGGCUGACGGUCUUCGCUAUUUGUGGUGGUCGAUGUUCAUCCUUGACCAUCAAUUCUCUUCCUGGUUGGGCUUGGGUCUGAUGAUGCACGACAAAGAAAGUGAUGUCGAACUACCCAUGGCCCCGACUUCUUCACAGCAAGACUUGCGUGGAUUUAUCUGCAUGGUCCGCUUGGUCAAGAUCCUUGGAAGUGUUCUGCAGCAUUCGUAUUCUGCCCAAUCAUUACCACCUCAGUUCGGUGGACAUGAUUCGAUGGUGUCUUUUAUCGAAGGGUCACUUUCCUCCUGGUUGAGUAACUUGGCGCCUGAGAUGCGUUGGCAAAACCCCAAUGUUUCCAAGCGAGGCUCUCCAGGUUCUCCUUUGCGAUCACCGCCUUCCAUCCAAGCUUCGCUUGCCGAGGCCAAUCGAGCUGUUGCUCUCGCAAAGGAGGCCGGUGAGGUGUACCCAGCUUAUCUUUACAUUGUCUAUAACACCACUUUGAUUCUGCUCCAUCGUCCCUAUAUCGUUGGUGCAGCUGGUUCUCCUGCAGCCGCGCAGUCAAACACCAUUUGCACAGGCUCCGGACGCGCCAUCACCGACAUUGCACAGGGAUUAGACAUGGAGCAAUGCUCGUAUGUUGUCAACCGAUUUGCACUCUUCGCUCUUUUGCAGGCAGGUGUGAUUCAUGCCAUGAAUGCAGUCUAUGAUAAGCGCGGCUCACAAGUGGCGAUGGACUAUUACAAGCGCACGCUCAAUGUAUUGGAAAGCUUCCUUAACUGUUCCUCAUACUCGGGAGGUGUCUUAGAGGGCAUUAAGAUUUUAGAGCAGUUUUUGGCCACUACUUCUCAAGCAGCAGCAGAAGAUGAGAUCAAUCAGGGUGGUGAGAACAUGGUACAGCAGGAGAGUGAUGCUCUGCCAAGCCGCAAGAGGCGUCAAUUCGAGGCAGUUCCUUCAAUGUCGCAACAUUCAACAACAUCUGUGCAGUACACUCCAACUCUGACAAGAACCUUGCCUAUCUCUUCGAUGCCACAGCACAUCAUGACUCCCACUUUCUCGAUGAUGACAUCGACUACUUCUGAUGUGACAAAUGGCGCUAUCAACGCUCCCCAGCUCAUCUAUAACCUAGUAGCACAGCAACAACAACAGCAACAGCAGCAACAGCUUACAUUGGACUUGAAGGAGCAACAGAAGCAACAGCAGCUCAAAAUCCAGCAGCAGCAUCGCUUGUAUCAGCAGAUGCAGACCUUUGGUGCUAGUGUAUUGAACAAGCCUUCUGAGAUCAAGACUGAGUCAUUGCUGGAGCAGCAGCAGUUACAACAGCAACAGCUAAUGAGACAGCAGCUUCAGCGUCAACAGCAGCGUCAGCAAUCGGAUAUGGACCUUUCCAUGGAAGCACAACAAAAGAUGGGUCAGGAACAAUUGGGCAUGGGUCCAAUGGCUUCAACCAUGACAGAUGGUUUUGAUUAUGACCCUACCAAAUUCUGGAUUGAUUUCACAGACUCUGGCAGUAACGGAACUCUCAAUCCUGCUCAUAUUCAACAGCAAGAUCCUUCCAUCGCAAGCAGUCGCUCCAUGGUUGAGCCUCAGCUUAGUGGCUCGCUAUGGAUGUAA